AUGAGGUCAACAGAAUAUAACAAUCUAAAUUAUGACGUUGAGGCAUCUGAGUUCAUAAAAGUGUCUAUUGAUAAUUUGCGUGCUGAGAUAGUUAUUACAGUACAGGAAGUAGAAGGACAUAAAUCAAUUUCCAAUCUUAGGGAGUUUGUUAGUUCUGAACAGAUAAUUGAAUGUUCUUUUGACUAUAAUGAUUCGAGUGUUCCAACUUUAUGUUCUAAAGAUAUAGCUAUUGGUACCUAUUUUCCUAAUGUAAUAAGUUUCAAGCAUGCUUUGCAAUCAGUUGCCAUCAAGGAGAAUUUUGGGGUUAUGAUUAAGGCUUGUGAUAAGAAAAGUGUUAUUACUACAUAUUCUUAUGAAGGUUGCCAAUGGAGAAUUCGAGCUUCUCUAUGUGAAGAUGCUCAAACUUUUGAUGUUAGAAGACUUGAUGGAGUUCACACUUAUCCAGGGAUCAACUAUGCUAGGAAUAGACUAGCCACAUCAGCAUGGGUUGCCAAUGAGAUUCAAGAGAUGGUCAAAAGGAAUCCAUACAUUCCUUCAAAAGAUAUCAAUAACUAUUUAGAGAAAGUGUAUGGUCUUUCAUUACCUUAUAUGAAGCUAUGGAGGUCGAUGGAGCAAGCUCGUGAUAGUAUAUUUGGCUCUAUUGAUGAUAAUUAUAAAUGGGUUCUAACACUACAUGUUGAAUUGAUUGGUAGAAAUCAUGGUUCACAUAUCACAUAUAUGUAUGACCAAUGUGAUAAUUCAUUUAAGAGAUUUUAUGUCAGCUUUAAAGUGUGUAUAGAUGGAUUCAUGUAUAGUUGCAGACCUCUUAUCAGUUCGGAUGCAUGCUACCUCAAAUCCAAGCACUUGGGAAUGCUUUUAUUAGCAAUCUCACUUGAUGGUAAUAACGGUUUAUUUCCUUUAGGCUUUUUCUUUGUUGAAACUGAAUCUAAGCAAACAUGGUUAUGGUUCCUUCAUAACUUGUGA